CAGAAGAACCACUUAACCCGUUUUUGUUGGAUGGGGUGGGAGGAAAUUAAAAACUAAUCAUUUUCUGAAGAGCUCUAGCACCUUAAACAGUUUUUCUAGAAGUUUUACAGUUGAUGGAAAGAAUUCCUAAGGUCAGACACUGUCAUCUCUGUAGUCUGGUAAAAAUCUGUUAUGAUGUAUGUAUGUUAGGAGGGUUGAAUAAUUCUCCAUUGUGCAUACUCACUGAUUUUGUUUUCAUUCAAUACAAAUUUUUUUUAACUUACUUGGGAUCCACUUCUACCAGCAUUUACACACCUGCUUGUCUUUGAACAUCCUGAUUCUAGAUUGUCCCAUCAUUCUGGGGGAUGGAGAAGGGAAAUGUCUGAAGUGGAGCUGGUGACUUUUGAAGAGGUGGCUAUGCAUUUCACCAAGAGAGUGAGCGAACUUUGCCGGACCCCAGCCAGAGAACCCGCUACAGGAUCAUUAUGCAGGAGAAUUAUGAGAUUUCAACCUCGCUGGCAGGUGAUGGGACGGUGAGUGAGAAAAAGAAGGAAGAUUCUGAGCAGGUGGGAUCACAGGUGACAUUAUCAGGUAGAGCCACAGGGAAAGUUUUCCAGAGCACUGAACAGGGAGAAGCCUGUCAGAGUCAGCGCAGGCCAGAGAGGCAGCUGGGAAACCAAGCAGGGGAGAUCCAGCGUGAAUCCACUCACAGGAGCAGAGGGUUCAAAGAAAUCAAACAGCCUGUACUACAGAGAAUCGCCUCUGGAGAGGAACUGAACUUAUGCAGUGACUGUGGGAGAAGCUUCCUUUGGAAAUCAGCCCUUAUUACUCACCAGAGAAUCCACACAGGAGAGAAACCCUAUAAGUGUCUAGACUGUGAGAAAAGCUUCAGCCGCAGCUCACACCUUAUUUCACAUCAGAGAACCCAUACAGAGGAGAAACCGUAUAGCUGCUCUGAGUGUGGAAAAAGCUUCAAUCAGCAGUCCAAUCUUCUUAUACACCAGAGAAUCCACACAGGAGAACGGCCCUAUAAAUGCCCCGACUGUGGGAAAAGCUUCAGUUACAACUCAGUCCUUAUAACACAUCAGAAAAUGCACACUGGAGAGAAGCCCUAUAAAUGUCUUGACUGUGAGAAAAUAUUUAGCCAGCGCUCAGACCUCACUAAACAUCAGAGAACCCAUACGGGGGAGAGACCCUACAAAUGCAAUGAGUGUGGGAAAAGCUUUAGUCUGAGCUCCCACCUUAUUUCACAUCAAAAAACCCAUAAGGGAGAGAAACCCUAUAUAUGCUCCAACUGUGGGAAAAGCUUCAGUGACAGCUCAAACCUUAUUACGCAUCAGAGGAUCCACACAGGAGAGAAGCCCUACAAAUGCCCUGAGUGCAGGAAAAGCUUCGGUCGUCUCUCGCACCUUAAUAGACACCAGACAAUCCACACAGGAGAGAGACCCUUUAAAUGCUUGGACUGUGGGAACAGCUUUCGUGACAGCUCAUCCCUCAUCAGACAUCAGAGAAUCCACACACAAGAGAAACCCUACACAUGCCACAUCUGUGGAAAAACCUACAGGUCGAGCUCAUCCUUUACUAAACAUUGGAAACUCCACACAGGAGAGAAACAUUAUAAAUGUACCGACUGUGGGAAAAGCUUCAUUCAGAGUUCGCACCUUAUGCAACAUCAGAGAAUCCACACCGGCGAGAAACCCUACAAUUGCAUUGACUGUGGGAAAAGCUUCAGUGACAGCUCGCACCUUAUUAAACACCAGAGAACCCACACGGGACAGAAGCCCUAUAAAUGCCCCGAAUGCGGGAAAAGCUUCUGUGACAGUUCAACUCUCACUAAACACUGGAGAAUCCACACAGGAGAGAAGCCCUACAAAUGCCCCGACUGCAGGAAAAGCUUUGGUCGGAGCUCAGACCUCAUUAUCCACCAAAGAAUCCAUACGGGAGAGCGGCCCUAUAAAUGCUGUGACUGUGGGAAAAGCUUCACAGAUCGAUCAACCUUUAUUAAACAUCAGCGAAUCCACACAGGAGAGAAACCGUAUAAGUGCCCCAAGUGUGGGAAAAGUUUCAGUGACAACUCAGCCUUUAUUCGGCAUCAGAGAAUCCACACCCCUGUGCCCACCCCGGGGGGACCUUCUGCGGGUGGCUGGAACCAGCCCCUGGGGCAGUCCCGGGUUCUGCCGACACCAGCCCCUGAGCCGGAGCCUGCAGUGUGUCCAAUUCCCAAACCUAACGUGAUCUCUCAGAUGGAACGAAGGGAAGAGUUGGAGGUGCCGGAUCUCCAGGGUUCUGAGGAGAGGGAGAUCCUGAAACACAGCUGCACAGGUGCUCCUCCGGAAGAUCCUGAGCAAGUGGACCCAAACAGGAUGUUUUCAGAAAGAGCCAAAAGAAAUGUUUCCCAGAAUCCUGAGCAGAGUCAGCACAUAUCAGAGAGGGAGCAGGAAAACCACAAAGGGGGGAGAGAGGAAAAAUCCAGUGACCACCAGGGAGGUUUCAGUGUUCUUAAUGAAACCACGAUCCAGCUGAGAGUCCACAUGGGGGAAAGAUCCUACGAGUGUGCUGAAUGUGGGAAAGCCUUUAGUUGGAGAUCACACCUUACUGCCCAUGAGAGAAUCCAUACAGGAGAGAAACCCUAUAAAUGUCUGGACUGUGGGAAAAGUUUUAGUCAGAGAUCCCACCUUACUACACAUGAGAGAAUCCACACUGGUGAGAAGCCCUAUAAAUGCCCCGACUGCAAGAAAAACUUCCGUCGCAACUCACAGCUUAUUAAUCAUCUGAAAUCCCACAUGGGACAGAAGCCAUAUAAGUGUCCCGACUCUGGGAAAAGCCUCCGGCGCGUUUCACGCCUUACUGCGCACAGUGGAGAGAUGGCUUAUCAGUGCCCGGACUGCAAGAAAAGCUACAGUCAGAUGUCACACCUCGUUAGACAUCAAAGGUUCCACACAGGAGAGAAACCUUAUAAGUGCCUCGACUGUGGGAAAAGCUUCUGUCAGAGCUCAGACCUUAUUACGCAUCAGAGAAUCCACACGGGGGAAAAGUCCUACACAUGCUCUGAAUGUGGGAAAAGCCUCAAUAGAAUCUCACACCUUGUUGCACAUCAUCGAUCCCACGCUGGAGAGGCGCCUUACCAAUGCCCCGACUGUGAGAAAAGCUUCAGUCAGAUGUCGCACCUCAUUAGACAUCAGAGGUUCCACAAGGGAGAAAAACCCUACAAGUGCCUCGACUGUGGGAAAAGCUUCUGUCAGAGCUCAGACCUUAUUACGCAUCAGAGAAUCCACACGGGAGAGAAGCCCUAUAAAUGCCCUGAGUGCGGGAAAGGAUUCAGUCGGAGCUCAAACCUUAUUGCCCACCAGAGAACCCACACGGGAGAGAAACUCUAUCAGUGCUCUCACUGUGGGAAGAGCAUGACCCGGAGUUCAAACCUCGUUCGACAUCAGAGAACUCACACCAGGGGAAAACUGUUUAAAAAAAGCCUGGAUCCAACCUAGCCAUUGUGAAUAAUACACUGGCCUUUUCCUGUUAAUGAUGGCGGUGUUUGGACCCAGUUACUCAAAGGAGGCUCCUAAUUUCUGUUGAAAUCAAUAGAAGUCAGGAGCAUAAAUAGCUUUUGACAAUCUGGGCUUUGGCUCCAAUGUACGUCUGGGGUCAGGAGAUUGGGAACCAGAAUGAAAGGCACAGUUGCUUGGGAAUUGUGACACAGAUGAUGAACAUAGGCAUAUGUUCAAAGACCAUUAUACUGAGAUAGACCAUGCACAUGAAUCUGCGGAAUAUUCAUAGUCCUUUGUAUCGAUGCAGGCAUAUGUUUUCAUGUGUAUGUUUCAAAUCUGUAGAGAGUGAUUAAUGCAAAACUCCCAAACCUGGCUAUGUAGCUGUCCAAUCUUUGAAGUCUGACCUCCUAGGCCAUAGGGGGAGUUAUUAAAAUUGGUAACUAACUCAGCUUCCCUGAACAGAAGAUUCCCUCACAGUGAUCAGGUUGAUUAUUGUAUUGAAUUAACUGGAUUUGUCUAUUAUUUUCAGCAAACUGAAUAUUCUCUGUUAAGUUUACCUUUUUUAUCUUAUUUUUCCCUUUUCUCUAGAACUAUCUUUCUUUUGUUUUCUGCAAUUUCUGACUUAUUCUUAAUAGCAUUCUAGUUAAGAAAACCUAUACAUUCAGGAGCACCGAUGGACUGGUUUGGGUUUGCAAUGUCCUGAACUGGAUGCUGGAGACAGAAUUGGGAUGAUGUGGUUUUUUUCUUACUUUAAAUGCAGAGGAAUAAAGUGCAACUGAGUUUCCCAAAGUCUGAGUCUUACAACACAAAUGGGGUGAGAUUGGGGCCUGUGGGAAAGUCUCUCGGUAACACUGUCCUAGUGCUGCAAAUCUGUGGAUGUGCGCAUCUGGGGAUAUCCAUGGACCAUAUUGAUGGAUGCAAUCCAAAUCUUAUAGCUAGAGCCCUAAAAAUCUGCGGAUAUCCGCUUGAUAUCCACUUGAUAUCUGCGGACCACAGAUCGGAUGUGGAUAUAAAUUUUGUAUCCACCCAGGGCUCUAGUGAAUGUAAUUACAUCAGAGGUCUGCUUUUUGAUAUAGUCAUCCUCACAGAACCAUCAAUACAUUACUAUUGCCCUUUUAAUUUCAUUCUUAAUGCAUUACACUAUAAUAACUCUGACAUAGACAUAUACUGGGGUGGCCAAACUUACUGACCCUCUGAGCUGCAUAUGACAAUCUUCAGUAGUUCGAGAGAUACAGCGCACCUGCUGAAGCUCCGAGCCCUGGCCGGUGCGCCCUGCGAGGCUGAAGCCCCUAGCCCUAGCCCCUGGCUGGAGGGCAGAAGCCCCUUAUCCCACACCCUCUCCCCCCCGCAGGGCAGAAGCCCUAAGCCUCUGCCCCCCUCCACUCUGGUAGGCAGAGAAUGGGAGGAGGGCUCCAUGAGCUGCACUUUAAUUGUAGAAGAGCUGCAUGUGGCUCACAAGCUAUGGUUUGGCUACCCCUGACAUUUACCUAUUAAAAAAUCCUAUAACUGAGAUAGCUCCAUGGCUGAAUUCCUUGUACCUGCCCCAGUUAGAAUCUGAGUUAUCACAUGCACUGUAUUUCUCCUGUCACUACUUGCUUUAUUUUCAGAUUUAUUUAUUCAUUUAUUCUUCUAGGAGCAAGUAUCAAAGAGUUAAUCCCAGCGUAAGGCAUGUGUAAAUAUAUUAUUAAUUUAGGUGGAGUCUAAAAUACCUGGGUUCAGUAUAAAACUACAUAACAAGAGAAUCAAUCAAGGAGUUAAUCUGCUCCUUGCAUGAGUUAGCAGUACUGAUAAGGUAUCCACAUUGAAAUUGCAGUUACUGAAUUAUAAAUUCCCAGUUUACUUAAUUUGAAUUGGAAUAUAAUAGAAUAAGCAAAGUUAGAAAUGGAAAAUGUCCAUUUGUUCCCAUCCUGUCUGUUUCUCUCAGCAAAGUGGGUAUUUUCUAGAGGUUGUCUGCCAUUUUGUGGCUGUGGCGUUAACAGCCGAAUUCACCUCACUCCCACCCCUUGCUGCAGAAUCGUGUUCCAAAACCUAAAUGUAGGGCUGCUCCUAUGCAUUAUGGUGAUACAAAUAAAUAAUCUUCAGGUUUUUUAAAGAAAAAAAUGUCCAGCCCUUAUGACUGCAAAUAAACAUUUAAAAUGUACUUAUCAACCCCUGUGGAUAUUGUGCAUGAGGAUGGGGCAACUGGCUUGUACUAGUGUUGCUGGGUUGGGGAACUGCAACUUGAAAUACCACUCAUCCCACACCCUCUCCAAAAAUCAGGUUGCUUGUGACUACACGUUAGUUCCAAAACCUUCAACUGACCAUGCUAAAACCCAAAUAACUUCCCACUCUUUCCACUGUGGAGACUGUUCCGCAGAUCUCAUUGCCAGAGCAUGUCCCCUGCCCUUAUAUGCAAUUUACAAACUAUUAGGCAUGGGGAAUGGGGGAUACCACUCAAGACUGAAGUGGCCUACUGGCGAUGUAAAUUUUGAGUUCCCUUCUCAGCAAAGGUCCCUUGAUCUCAGGAUUUGGCCUUUAGUUAUUCCAAGCUGAAGUCUCUCUUUCUUCUGCUGCCCCACAGAAAUUUCAUCUGGAAGUUGGUCACACCUCAGGUUUAGGAGAUGCUUGUAUCUGUUUAUGUCUGAUGCACAAACAAGUUUUCAAAAGUGGAUUUCUUUGCUUUAUGGGUAGCUGGUUGGAGCUGAGUGAAUUUUUUAUUUUUUGCAGUGAAUAGUAAAUUGACCAAAAAUGUG